GGUGCACAACCACUAUAUGGCUAAACUAUAGUACCAACAUUUAGUAAGAUUCAAAUACGAGCGCUGUUAAGUAUUGUUACGCGCUCUACCAACCAACCAACCAACGUGCAUACUAGUACAGGGAACAAUAUUCUUAAUUUCAACAGUUGGAUUCUAAAUUAGUUUUGGUAGUACAACAAAAAAGCACAACAAUAAGCUAGUCAAUAUUUAAUAAGCAGAUAAAUGAUAUUCAAUCAAGUGCAAUUGAUCCGUUGACGGAAGUAAAAAACAAAGUUACGAGAAUUUGUCAACAUAAAAAGAAGCUGCACAAAGUGCGCGAGGCUGUGGAAUUUAGGAAAUACCAUAAAAAAAUCUUGUUUUGUAAAUGAAAUCGAAUUCAAGUUUUCCGUAUAUAACUUUGUACAUUUACAUACGACUGAAUUUAUAUGAGGCUAAAUGAGCUGCUGGCAUGCGUUUUUUUCUGUUUUUUUGUAAUUUGUUUUCUGCCUGCUAAACAAGUGUGAAUUUUAUUUUAGCGCGAGAAAUUUGUGUACAAUACAGUGUUUUUUUGGUCGCGUUGGAAAAUGUGUGCAUGAACGUACGGGUAUUUAGUACAUCACAUGCGUGCAUAAUUGAAGAUUUGUACAUAUGAAAAUUUGAGUUGCUGCAGAGUGAAAUAAUGCAAUGCAAUUACGGCUGGCAGACUUUCCCAAAACUAUUUAUAAAUUAAACGACUGUUUAUAUUUUGUGAAUCAUAAAAACGCAGUAUUUGAAGAUUUUGGAAACACAUAAAUAAAGUAAAAUAAAUAAAGACUCAACGAAAUAGCUGCUGUGUAUUGAGUGAAUUUAGCAUAAGGACCUGGGAGUUUACGCAAAAAAUUUUGCCGAGAAAAAUAAUUGGUUUAAAUUGUGCAAAGAAGAAGCAACACAAAUAUAAUUACACUCAUAAUUAUAGAAUACAAAGCAAUUAAAAACGAAAACAAAAAAUUUAAAAAGCUAUUUUCUGUUUAAAAAGUGAAUACAAAAUUAAUAUUGGAAAAUAAAUUAAAAAAUUAAAAAUAAAUAUAUGUAUUUUACAACACAUAAAACCAAAACCAAAUUUAUUCUAAACAACUAAUAUUGCACAACGCAAGUCAAAAACAACAACAACAACAACAAAAACACAGAAAAUGAAAAUGAAAAGCCAUACACUCUUUUUAGUCAUAUUUAUUUCAACUUUUUGCCUGCAGUUCAGCACUGAAGCGUCUGCCGAGCCUACUACGCCCAAUGACGGCGACACCGAUUAUGCAAGAGAUGACUACUACUACGAAGAUGAUGCGGACGCUGAUGAAAAUGGCGACAUUGAUGAGCAGCCAGCUGAUGAUUACGAAGAUGAAGUUUUAGAAGAGGAGCCACAGAUAAAACCAGCGGAGCUAAGGGUACAAUCACCAUAUUUUGUGGAACCGGAAGUGGAAAUUUACACACAACCAGCCCAAAAUGUACGAAUCGAUUGUGCGGUGCGGAAUAUUCAAGCAAAUAAUGUGAUCAUGUGGUACAAGGGUAAAAUUGUGAUUGCGACAGGACAAUUCGUCAUAUCCCCCAAUGUGGAUGUGCUCAAGAAUAACUCGCUAAUCAUUCAGAAUGUGACAGUUAAGGAUGCUGGCGAUUACUAUUGCGAAGUGUUGCCCGAGAAGGUGCGUAUGCAUGCGCUGGUAGAGGUCGAUGAAAGCUUGAUGAUAUUCUGCGAUGGGCAAGAAGUGACCAACGGCAGUGUCGUAUUUCGUCAAGGCGAACCACAUCACUGUGAAUGUAAAUACUAUUCACUGGAAAAUGUCCAAAUCAAAUGGUUUAUAGAUGGCAAGCGCGCCGAAACGGUAGUCGAACGCGUUUUAGGCGAACAACUCUAUAUAGACAAUGUGGACACCGUACAUGGUGGCAUCUAUCAGUGUCUGGCCGACGAUCGUUCACAGGAACCGCCGCAUGCCAUGAUCGUCGUUGAAGUUGUAUAUAAACCUAAGGUCUCCACCUAUCGGCAUUUUGUCAAUACGGAGAAAGGCGGCGAUGCCGAAUUGUAUUGUGAUUAUAUAGCUAAUCCAGCUGGUGGAGUGUCGUGGCUACGAAAUGAUAAAACUUUGAAUGAUUCAUAUAAAUAUGCGUUUAACGAGGUGACGCAUAAGGGGCGCAAACGUUCGAUCUUGACGGUGAUGGAUGUGAGCGCAAAGGAUCUCGGCGAGUAUACAUGUCGAGUGCAAAAUACCAUCGGUCAGGAUGAGACAAACGUGCAUAUCAUCUAUGAGCCAGAACACCCACAGCUGGAGGACAUGGGGAUCAGUGGUAGAAAAGCGAUUAUACGUUGGUUAGUGCGUAGCAUACAACCGCUAUCUGAGGCGAUAUUGGAUUACAAGAUGGCGGGCUCAUACACUUGGAGUAAGGUGUCUGUGGUGCAUACACACCGUCAUGCGGAAAGUAACAUUUGGAAGGUGACUCAUGAGAUGGAACUCACACCGGGGAGUUGGCACGUGCGGAUGAGAGCGAAAAAUACAAUUGGCUGGUCAUCAUUUUCCGCGCAGCAUGAUUUCGUAAUCAAAGAUGAUGAUAAUAAUGAUGAUGAAGAUGAUCUGGAUACAGCGGGCGCGCCGGGAAAUAUGAUAGCUGUAGCCAGUUUUGGUGGCGGCUCGAAAAGUGCGAAUAGCAGUGCUGCUUUGAGUUGUUCGCACGCGCUCCUUGGUGUCAUCGGUGCUUGCGCGCUUUUUAUGUGGCCAAAAAGCUGGGUUUUAUAAAAGUUACCAAAGAGUCUAAAAUAAAAUGUAUACGAGUAUAUGAAACAGAUACAUAUGUAUAUGUAUGUGUGUAUGUAUGUAUGUAUGUAUGUAUGUGCAUCUAUAUGAGUAUAUAAGUAAAUAUUAUAUGUAGGUAUAUGACAAUGUAAAAGUAUUUAGAUUAAAGAUUUACGCUCACAUACAUACAUAUAAACACAAUAUUUAUUCAUUUAACUGUAUGUUGUAGUAUUAAGCGUAUUUUAAAAAGCCUGCAGCGCAAAGGCGUUAAGUCCUACAGGAUUAUUUAUGCAAAGUGGCGCAACGUAAGUCAUAUACUUCUAUUUUUGAAUACCUUUUUUCCAAAAAAAAAAUUUUUUUAUGUAGACUGCAGCUGUCUACUUCACAAGUGCCAAAUAUGCUUGACGUACGACGCCAAUUUGCAAAAAUUAUAAAUCCUCCUAUAGCGUGAUUAAUUUUGCGCCACUUUGUAUAUGCAUGUAAGUCCGAUGGUGCCAAACAUAGAACUAAACAAAAAAAUCGAGUCAGAAACAAAUAUUUUAAAUAUUAUAUUUAUGUGUAAAGUGGUGAUAAUUCUGUUUAUAUGCGAUAUAAAGAAAAUAAAAAAAAAUAGUUAUAAUAAUA